AUGUUGGCGCUGGAGAACGCGAUCCAGCACCGCGCGUGGACAGUUGUCGCCUUUCUUCUGACGCACCGCAAGGAAGGCGGCUUGAUCGAGGCGGUGCGCUAUGCGUUGCAGCACGGUGCCCUCCUCGAGACGGCGAUCGAGGCGUCGCCCGCCGCCACGGCGUUUGUACUGGCCGCGGGCCUCGGCGACGUCAAGCACAGUAUCUUGCGCAUCGCGAGCGUCCCGUUUCGCGUGACGGAAAGCAAGCUGCUGCUACACCACUGA